AUGAGCUUCGACGGGAAUAAAAUGACUGAGAGGAUCCUGGAUCUAACACUGGAGAUCAUCUACCUGCUGACUGGAGAGGUGAGGGAUUCUGGGUAAUGUCAGUAUGGAGAUCAUCUACCUGCUGACUGGGGAGGUGAGGGAUUCUGGGUAAUGUCACUAUGGAGAUCAUCUACCUGCUGACUGGAGAGGUGAGGAAUUCUGGGUAAUGUCAUUAUGGAGAUCAUCUACCUGCUGACUGGAGAGGUGAGGGAUUCUGGGUAAUGUCAUUAUGGAGAUCAUCUACCUGCUGACUGGAGAGGUGAGGGAUUCUGGGUAAUGUCACCAUGGAGAUCAUCUACCUGCUGACUGGAGAGGUGAGGGAUUCUGGGUAAUGUCAUUAUGGAGAUCAUCUACCUGCUGGCUGGAGAGGUGAGGGAUUCUGGGUAAUGUCAUUAUGGAGAUCAUCUACCUGCUGACUGGAGAGGUGAGGGAUUCUGGGUAAUGUCAGUAUGGAGAUCAUCUACCUGCUGACUGGAGAGGUGAGGGAUUCUGGGUAAUGUCAUGUUAUGGAGAUCAUCUACCUGCUGACUGGAGAGGUGAGGGAUUCUGGGUAAUGUCAUUAUGGAGAUCAUCUACCUGCUGGCUGGAGAGGUGAGGGAUUCUGGGUAAUGUCAUUAUGGAGAUCAUCUACCUGCUGACUGGAGAGGUGAGGGAUUCUGGGUAAUGUCAUUAUGGAGAUCAUCUACCUGCUGGCUGGAGAGGUGAGGGAUUCUGGGUAAUGUCAGUAUGGAGAUCAUCUACCUGCUGGCUGGAGAGGUGAGGGAUUCUGGGUAAUGUCAGUAUGGAGAUCAUCUACCUGCUGGCUGGAGAGGUGAGGGAUUCUGGGUAAUGUCAUUAUGGAGAUCAUCUACCUGCUGGCUGGAGAGGUGAGGGAUUCUGGGUAAUGUCACUAUGGAGAUCAUCUACCUGCUGACUGGAGAGGUGAGGGAUUCUGGGUAAUGUCAGUAUGGAGAUCAUCUACCUGCUGGCUGGAGAGGUGAGGGAUUCUGGGUAAUGUCAUUAUGGAGAUCAUCUACCUGCUGGAGAUCAUCUACCUGCUGGCUGGAGAGGUGAGGGAUUCUGGGUAAUGUCACCAUGGAGAUCAUCUACCUGCUGACUGGAGAGGUGAGGGAUUCUGGGUAAUGUCAUUAUGGAGAUCAUCUACCUGCUGACUGGAGAGGUGAGGGAUUCUGGGUAAUGUCAGUAUGGAGAUCAUCUACCUGCUGCUGGAGAGGUGAGGGAUUCUGGGUAAUGUCAUUAUGGAGAUCAUCUACCUGCUGGCUGGAGAGGUGAGGGAUUCUGGGUAAUGUCAUUAUGGAGAUCAUCUACCUGCUGACUGGAGAGGUGAGGGAUUCUGGGUAAUGUCAGUAUGGAGAUCAUCUACCUGCUGACUGGAGAAGUGAGGGAUUCUGGGUAAUGUCAUUAUGGAGAUCAUCUACCUGCUGGCUGGAGAGGUGAGGGAUUCUGGGUAAUGUCACCAUGGAGAUCAUCUACCUGCUGACUGGAGAAGUGAGGGAUUCUGGGUAAUGUCAGUAUGUAGAUCAUCUACCUGCUGACUGGAGAGGUGAGGGAUUCUGGGUAAUGUCAUUAUGGAGAUCAUCUACCUGCUGGCUGGAGAGGUGAGGGAUUCUGGGUAAUGUCACCAUGGAGAUCAUCUACCUGCUGACUGGAGAGGUGAGGGAUUCUGGGUAAUGUCACCAUGGAGAUCAUCUACCUGCUGACUGGAGAGGUGAGGGAUUCUGGGUAAUGUCACCAUGGAGAUCAUCUACCUGCUGACUGGAGAGGUGAGGGAUUCUGGGUAAUGUCAUUAUGGAGAUCAUCUCCCUGCUGACUGGAGAGGUGAGGGAUUCUGGGUAAUGUCAGUAUGGAGAUUAUCUACCUGCUGACUGGGGAGGUGAGGGAUUCUGGGUAAUGUCACCAUGGAGAUCAUCUACCUGCUGACUGGAGAGGUGAGGGAUUCUGGGUAAUGUCACUAUGGAGAUCAUCUACCUGCUGACUGGAGAGGUGAGGGAUUCUGGGUAAUGUCAUUAUGGAGAUCAGCUACCUGCUGACUGGAGAGGUGAGGGAUUCUGGGUAAUGUCAUUAUGGAGAUCAUCUACCUGCUGACUGGAGAGGUGAGGGAUUCUGGGUAAUGCCAGUAUGGAGAUCAUCUACCUGCUGACUGGAGAGGUGAGGGAUUCUGGGUAAUGUCACCAUGGAAUCAUCUACCUGCUGGCUGCAGAGGUGAGGAUUCUGAAGGAGGUGAGUGGGAUUCACAGGGUAAUUUCAUAGGAGAUCAAAUACCUGCUGGCUGGAGGUGAGGGAUUCUGGGUAAUGUCAUUAUGGGAUCAUCUACCUGCUGGCUGGAGGUGAGGGAUUUGGGUAAUGUCAUUAUGGAGAUCAUCUACCUGCUGGCUGGAGAGGUGAGGGAUUCUGGGUAAUGUCAGUAUGGAGAUCAUCUACCUGCUGACUGGAGGUGAGGGAUUCUGGGUAAUGUCAUUAUGGAGAUCAUCUACCUGCUGGCUGGAGAGGUGAGGGAUUCUGAGUAAUGUCACCAUGGAGAUCAUCUACCUGCUGGCUGGAGAGGUGAGGGAUUCUGGGUAAUGUCAUUAUGGAGAUCAUCUACCUGCUGCUGGAGAGGUGAGGGAUUCUGGGUAAUGUCAGUAUGGAGAUCAUCUACCUGCUGCUGGAGAGGUGAGGGAUUCUGGGUAAUGUCAGUAUGGAGAUCAUCUACCUGCUGACUGGAGAGGUGAGGGAUUCUGGGUAAUGUCACAGUGACAGCUAUAUUGUCUUUAGUCUCUGUUACAAGUAUAAACAGGGAUUAUAGAAACAUAGAAACAUAGAAUGUGACGGCAGAUAAGAACCAUUCAGCCCAUCUAGUCUGCCCAAUUUUCUAAAAACUUUCAUUAGUCCCUAGCCUUAUCUUAUAGUUAGGAUAGCCUUAUGCCUAUCCCAUGCAUGCUUAAACUCCUUUACUGUGUUAACCUCUACCACUUCAGCUGGAAGGCUAUUCCAUGCAUCCACUACCCUCUCAGUAAAGUAAUACUUCCUGAUAUUAUUUUUAAACCUUUGUCCCUCUAAUUUAAGACUAUGUCCUCUUGUUGUGGUAGUUUUUCUUCUUUUAAAUAUAGUCUCCUCCUUUACUGUGUUGAUUCCCUUUAUAUAUUUAAAUGUUUCUAUCAUAUUAGUGAAAUUUUAGCUAGGGGUAGAUUUAGUUAAAUACUCAGGAGCUGAAAUGGCUGUUUUUUUGUUGUUAGUACCAGCAAAUGGUGCCGUCAUGGUCAAGUGUAGACUUUUUUUUGAGAACUUAGAGCAAUCAUAUUGAAAUGUCUCUUAGUUAUUGUUUUUGUGGGUUUUAAUAAGUGAUAUUUACUUCGAUUUGUAGGAUUACAUUGUUGCAAAAAGAUCUGGUGAGCCUGUACUGCAGAACAGUCUUCAUACUUCAGAAAGUGUCCGCAAAACUCCAAGCCCCAGCACAGUGCCUCCACCUCACUCACUGAUACAUGAGAGAAACAAUGACCAGAAGAUCCUGGAACUGACCAAUCAGAUCAUCCAGCUGCUAACUGGAGAGGUGAGGUUGCCGGGAAUGUGGGACAUUAUACAGUAAAACCAAGGGAUGUGUCUGGAUGGUGACUGUAUCAUUUUCUGUGUCAGGUUCCUAUAAGAUGUGAGGAUGUCACUGUCUAUUUCUCCAUGGAGGAAUGGGAGUAUCUACAAGGACACAAGAAUUUCUAUAAGGACGUGAUGAAUGAAGCUCACCAGUUGAUCAGUUCACUAGGUAAGAGGAGGUUUAAUCAUAACACGGCUCUGUCACCUCCAUUCAAAAUGAGUAUUUCCAUCUUUAGGAUGGAGUUUGGAUUCCACUGAAAUUCCCGCACACUAAAAAGAUACAUGUUGACAAAAGAGGGACUACUUUGUUUUAGUAUGUUUCCUACACUUUACAGAACUUGACUUACUAAUCACUAGUAAGACAUUGUUUAUCGUAGACCUCAGUGUUGUAGUUUUGCACAUGUGCAAGAGCACAACACUUACAUUCAGGGACGUUAUAGCCGCGAGGCGAACAAGGCAUUUGCCUUGGGCGGCAUUUUCCAGGGGGCGGCAAAAAAAACCGCCCCCAAAUGCCCAGGACAAUUGCCUUGUUAGCCUCACGGCUAACAGCUCCCUCGCACGCCGCCCGCAGAGUGGAGCCGGAAUAUGACGUCAUCUUCCGGCUCCUAGGGCAGCACAAAACCAGGAUACACCACUGCUUACAUUGGCUCCUGGCAGAUGAAAUAACAGGAGCUGAAUAGGACUAGCAAGAAGAACAUGGCGACUGCCACAAGCAACAUGUUCAGGUAAGUAAAACUCGCCUUCCCCUGCACCUCAAGGAUACUGGACACUCAUCUUGCAAUGACCCCAUAUGGUGACAGAGCCACCUUAGAAGGUGCUAAAGCUGUUUUCCCUUCAUAUUAUAGGCAGUGCUUUACAACUGGGAUUUAAUCAUCUGGAGGGAAAAAACAGGCAGGCAAUCUCCCAAACUUUUCAAGAGCCUCCCCCAAUUAACCUUUGGCCUUAUAAAUUGCUUCCUACCCAAGAUAUCCCCAGUUCUUUGCCUGCCUCCGGCAGAGGAGAGUGUCCGGUUCAGGUUUUCUCCCUAGAAGUAUGGUGAGAGGGCUAAGGUUCUGGAGGCUCUACUUCUUUUAAAUACAUUUUUCAGAGAUCGGCCAGGGAUAACACACCAGACGGCUGUAUCUCACCAGGUUGUAUUACUUCCGUCUAUACCGAGCCAGGUGCUGGGCAGACGAUGGUGCGCAUUUGGGCACUAGCUGGGAAGUCCUGGCGGUGGAACACUCGUACAGGUUACGUUUAUUUCCACCGUGGAAUCGCGAAAUGCAGGACAUGUGGAAUGCGAUUUUAAAAUUUAGGCGCCAAUAUCGUUAUUGUUUUUUCUCUCCGGGGUCAAGAUAUUAGUUUCCAGGACUUAGACAGGCUGUUUACCCAGCAGCAACUAACUGUUGCCAGGUGCACUCAGAAUCUGUUGCAAGUGUGUUCUCACCAACCUCCAACACACUCGGAGGACAUUUAAGGUAAGCCUUUUUGCUUUAUCUUAAAUGACUCUAGUCUGAAUAAGUUAAUUAUCUGUGCUGCAAGAUGGAUAAGCUAAAAAAGCGCAAAUGAUUCUAAGUUGGAGAGUUUUAUGAUUUAAAGAUUAUUCCUAAAAUCUUAAAACAAAUAGUUCUUUGAAAGUGUAAGCACUUAGUAGAUCGGGCCCAUAAUAGAUUCUUGGGUUUCUUCUUCUAAAAAAUAGAUUAUUCUUUGAGUAAAGCCCAUAGAGGGUAUUAGAUAAGAAUAUACUUUUACAUAAUUCUAUUUGGUAAAUUUAAGUUUCCUUUCUGGCUCAAAAUAGCUGCUACACAGUAAUUAGUUAAUACGGGUUUCAAUAAUCACUAAUUGCUGCAACAGGGUCAGUAAAUUAAAGUGAAGUGUUCCGGUGGAAUAUAUUCACAGGUAGCAAGACCCGGAUGACUAUUGGAGGAUUAUCCUCUGUAUGUUAUCCUUAGGAGGCUGAUAUUUAAUAUUUGGUUUUGGUUAAGUUAAUAUACUGUUGUAGCAGAUGGAUUCUUUAAAUGCCAGGAUCCUAGCCGCAGUGAUUAUUUUCUUAAAACAUGCAGUAGGCUUUUAGCAAUGGCUGUAGACCAAGCUCUUUUGCAAUUAGCAUUCUCACCACCUCAACUUGUUUCACCUGAUAUCAGUUUCUAAAAAGGCAGUCUCUUUUUCAGCUGGGGCAGAACUUUUCCUGUGCUUCACCCCAUGGUGGCACAUUUUAUGUUUUUGUCUUAAAUUCCAAGUCCUAUGUUUCAGUUAUAAAGACAGGAUUGAGCUAACCGACUGUUGGAAUGGAAAUUUUAAAGAAAAUGCUUCCUAAUAUUGGUUCCUGCAGAGUCUGCAUCAAACAGGUUUUGAAAUGCAGUUGCAGCUAUUCUGUCUGCUCUAGCCUCUGCUUCCCAAAUACGGCUAAGGAAAGCCUAUAGCAGCUAAGGCUGUUGGUUGUUAUUGCAAUUUUAAAGGAUUACUUCUAAUAUGGAUUCCUGCAGAGUCUGCAUUAAACUGGUUUUUGUAAUGCAGUUUGCAGAUAUUCUUUCUGCUCUAGACUCUGCUUCCCAAUUACGGCUAAGGAAGGCCUGGAUCAUGGGUAUUGUCUUAUGCAGACUGUGUAUCUAUGUAAUCAGUCUCGAUUCCGCCAAUAAAGAUGGUAACCUGUAUGAACUAGUCUCCAUGGAAAAUUAUUUCUUCCUCAUGUUACUGGGCUUGACGCAAGUUCUAGUACAGCUGCAGGCCUAUUGAUCAAGGUGUAGUUCCACCAGGUUCAAUUUGUACCCUGCACUGCCAUAGAUACUGUAUGACAGUGAUGGUUUACUGCCUAGGUUUGUUUGCCAUUUUCUUUUAAGAAAGAGCUUAUGGCAAUUGCCACUCGAGAUUCUCUCACUAUGCAAAAUGUUGCCAUCCAUAAAUUUGUUGAAUGUAUGCAAUACUGCUUCCUCAGGGGCACCUAAUAACUUUUUUGUACACCAGCCCCUAAAAGUUAGGGUGUUUCUACAGCAUACAGGUGGAUUCUAAUCUUCUGAUAAAGAAUUCCCUUUACAAGAAGUGUGCAGUUCUGGUGUUUGUCAAGGAACAGUUCAGGUGUAAAAACUUUGAUUAGGUUUCCCUUUUACCUUCUCUUGAAGGGUUUUUGAAUCUCAGAGAAUGGUAAUUCCCUGAAGAAAGAAAAUGUGGUUCUCUCUCACUUCUUAUCACCUGAAAUCUCUCCUCUACUUCAGUAGACAAGAUACUAGGGAAAUAAUAAUUUGGUUCCCGUCUUGAAAGAACCUGCUUGGUCUCUUCAGCUUCUUUAGGCAUAGCACUGUUUACAGGUCCUUCAGAGGCCAGAUACAGUUGCUGAUAAGAUUUUGCAGUAAAAUCCAAUACUUCAGUCGUUCCUUUUUGAACCAGGCAGAAAUGAAGGAUGCCAGACGGUUCUUACUUUUUGUUCUAGUUCUCAAAUCAAUCGUUUCGAAUUUUAUGACCGAUGCUUCAGGUCUCAGCUAGGUUCUCAUAGGGUUGAAGGGAAUUUAGCUGAGAUAUUUUGAAAAACUUAUCCAACUACAUAGGACUGAAGGCUAUCUGGCUAGCUCUCUUUGCCUUUCAGAUAAAGACUAGGUAUUAUCUUGUCCAGAUCUGGUCGGAUAGUUCUACAUCGGUAGCAAUUAUGUACAAACAAGGUCAUCUUGUUUGAAAAAUCUUGUUCCAGGAUAUGCUUGGGUUAGUUUUUCUUAGGUCCAGUCACUUAUGCAUAGAACUUAAUAUUCCUCUGUUUAGCUGUAGCAUUGAGUAGUCAACAUUUAAUACAAAGCAGAUUGGUUCAUACUCCCUGAUCUUCACCCAAAUGAUAGGAAGAAUUUGAUUAUCCAGUUAUGGAAAUGAGACUUCUAGAUCAAACAGAUAGCAUAGAGUGUUUCAUUGGACAAGCUUGGACAGACCAGUAAGCUUUGGUUUCCUUUUCUUUCUUGGGAAUUCCAGUCAAACCUAUAGUUUCCUCCUGGUUCCCUAUUCCUCAAGAUCAUAUAGGAUGGAAAAGGUGAGAAUGAUAGUCUUCCUCCCUUGGUGGCGAGUAGCUGUUUCACCGUUCAUCAAAAAUUAUCUGGAGGAAUCUUUGGGGACCUUACCUGUAAAUAGGCAUCCUGAAAUUAUCCAUGGUACCUCUUCUCAACUUUGUAGUAAUUCAAGCUGACGACCUGGUUUAUUUAUACCAGAUACUGAAGGAUAAUGUUUUGUCUCAGGAAAUUUAUUGACAAUUUCUUUUAUUAUAAAUGGAUCUUGUUCCUAGAUUUAUUCCAAGUAUGGAAGGUGUUGUUUUUUAAGAUUGGUUCAAAGAAAAGCAGGCAUCCGCUUCCAAGUUUUUAACCUCCCUUUUUUUUUUUUUUUUGGAUGGGCUUUGCGGACGGUUUAAAGCCAGAGAUCCUCAAGGUCAAAUUUCGGUUAUCAGUUGAUUUCAGAGGUUUGUCUCAAAAUCACCAGUAUCUACUAGGCUCUUUUGUGGUUAGUUCCUAUCUUCAGGGAAUCUUUACCCCAGGGGAUCUUCUUUUGGGGGUUUUAGCUCUGCUGAUUUGAGUCUUCACUCUAGGUCUUUGGGGGUAGUCGCCCAAAAUAUUUUUGGGAAGAACUUCAAGUUCUUCAAGUUUCCAAUUUCAGCAGGAGAAAGUGGGGUUAAGUUGGAUUCUUUAAUUCUUCCCAAUCUUCCAUCUAUCAUUAUUUUUCUAACUUUUCCCAACAGCGUUCUAGGGUCUUGGAAUUCUAAUUCCACUGCCUGGGCGUUUAGUUCUCGUCUACGAUACCUUAAAGGUCUGCAUUCGUUUUAGUUUUUUUUCUCAUCUAACACCUAUCUCCAUUGAAGCUCCUUCGAUCAGUUAUGUUCAGAUCGGGUGCCCUGAGGGCUUCUGCUAUACAUUCUCUCGAAUUCCUAACAGACACGAGGUGAUCUCACUCAUUUGCUAAACUUUUCAAAUUGGUCUGUUGACCUUGGAAGAUACAACUUUGGUUGUAGGUUUUUUGCAGUGAGAAUUGAGUCCCGCCCUAAGGGAUUGCUUUUGGAUAUCCUAGUUGUAAACCCCCCCCAUCCCCCUAAAAAAAAUUUAAUAGUCUGAGUGGUAUGGGUAUUCGGCUUUUGUAAUUUCUGGGGAUGUCUUGGGUAGGAAGCAAUUUAUAAGGCCAAAGGUUAAUUGGGGGAGGUUCUUCAAAAGUUUGGGAGAUUGUCUGCCUGUUUUUUUCCCUCCAGGUGAUGAAAUCCCAGUUGUAAAGCACUGCCUCUUAUCUUCUGGAAAAAUAAAUUUACGGUAAGUAAAAAAAAAAAGUUUUUAUUUUUUUUAUUUAACAGGAUGUUUUUUUUUUUUUUCUUAUUUGAUAGGUGGAUCUGUGGACAGAUCUACAGAUGCUGGAUAUCAAAGCCCCCUUACUGUUGCAAAUUGUCUACAAGAAGAGAACAUGAGAAGUAGCCUCACCAGAAAAUAUCCCAGAAUAGAUGAUCCAUGGGAGGUACAAUGGAAAUCUGGUAAAUGUGAAAAGGAUGAAUCAACCUUCACUAAAGUUAAUCUCUCUGACCUGUGUAUACCUGUAGAACAGUCACCUCCACAAAUUACAGAAGAAUGCGCCCUGUCUGUAGAAGAACAUUUCCCAGACACUAAUAUUUUUACCACCCCAGACCACACACAGGCAGAAUAUACAGUUACAUAUAUCAAAGAGGAAUAUAUAUCUGAUGAAGGUGAUUUCUCAGACACGGAUAUUUAUACACUCACCAGAUAUGCACAGUCAGACUAUACAGCUCCUCAUGGUGCGGAGAAACUGUCCGAAUGCGAAGAAGGAAAUUUCACUGACAUGAACCGUUAUAUACCCCCUGAAAAUAGACAGGGAGAACAAGCAUCUCCUCUAUUGUCUUUUGCAAACUGGCAGUUGCCUGAGUCGAACUGUGAUUUUUUUCCUUCAUCAUCAGCUUGUUCUGCACAGGAGAAAUAUUUUAUGACUUCAGCAGAUCUUAAUGAGCAUCAAAUGAAUAACACGGGUGACAAACCAUAUUCUUGUCGUGUUUGUGGAAACGUGUUCACACGUAGAUCAAAUCUUCUUGCACAUCGAAAGAUACACAUAGGGGACAAACCAUUUGCUUGUCCUGAAUGUGGAAAAUGUUUUUCAGUACACUCAAAGCUGCAUACACACCUGAAGAUUCAUUCGGGAGUAAAGCCUUUUUCCUGCUCCGAAUGUGGAAAAAGUUUUAUUUUUAAGUCCAACCUCACCGAACAUCAGAGGAUUCAUAAAAAAGAGAAUGCGUUUUCUUGUUCUGAUUGUGGGAAAUGCUUUACCUUUAAGUCAAAUCUUACUAGACAUCAGAGACUUCAUGCGGGAGAGAAGCUGUAUUCCUGCACAGAAUGUGGUAAAGGUUUCAAUCGUCCUUCGUGUCUUGUGACACAUAGAAUGACCCACACAGGAGAGAAGCCAUUUUCUUGUUCUGAAUGUGAAAAACGAUUUAGAACUCAUUCAUGUCUUAUUAAACACCAAAGGAUACAUAUAGGAAAAAAUCUGUAUUCUUGA